AUGAUUGUUGGAUCUUUUAACAUUAGAGGGGGAGGUAAUGCUCUUAAAAGAAGGAGGAUUAGUAAUAUUAUUAAAAAAGGCGAGGCCGACAUUUUUUUACUUCAAGAAUCUAAGUUCACUAAUUGUACGGAGGGGUUAGCCAAGAGUCUUUGGAGUAAUUCGGAUAUUGAUUUUUCCUUUUCUAAUUCGGUCGGCAUGUCAGGUGGUAUGAUUUCUCUUUGGAAGAAAGGUGUGGUGGAGGUUUUGCUUGGUUUCAAAGGGGAAGGUUAUUUGGGAAUUAAAGUUGUUUGGAAGGGUGACAUCUAUUAUGUUCUUAAUGUGUAUUCUUCGUGUUUCCUGGCUAAAAAGAAAGAGUUGUGGGCUAAUAUCUUGACGUUGAGGAACACUUAUCGUGAUGGAGAAUGGAUUAUAGGAGGGGAUUUUAAUUCCGUUAAAAAUGCGUCGGAGAGAAGAGGUAGAAGGGACGGUGAGUUAUCUAGUGGGGCGGAGCUUUUCGGAAAGUUCAUUGAGGAUGUUGAUUUGGUGGAUAUUCCUAGCAAAUGUAAGAAGCUUACUUGGUAUAGCGGAUGUGGGAGAUCGAUGAGUAGAAUAGAUCGUUUUUUGGUGUCUAAUGAAGUGGUUAAGAGGCGGGGUUUGGUUGGUCAAUUUGUUGGAUAUAGAGAUGUUUCGGAUCAUUGCCCGAUUUGGUUGGUGAAGGAUGACUCUAAUUGGGGACCCAAACCUUUCAAGUUCAACAAUGAAUAG